AAUGGGACUGCACAUAUUUUGGCCAGCAACAACGUGCCUGACUCUUGUUGUGGUUUGCGUUAUAAUAGUUGUACUGAAAUAUGGAUCGCGUAUUUGCAAAUUACGUCACACGGCAUUGCCAUCCGAUCAGGAAUGGGAGGGUAAAGCGUAUUCUCGAAAACUCUCUGUCUCUAUACCGUAAAAAUAAGUAGUAAUAUCACCACGUGUUUUCAAAGAUUCGUUUGCUUUAUAUCAAACUUUAAAUCAAAACUAUGCAUUCUAUAUGACCACGUUUGCUCUAUAUCAGAGCACGACAUUUUACAUUUUUUAACUUUGAUAAACAGAAUUUAAGUGAUUCGCUUGAAUGCAUAUCAGAAACGUGAUAUCAUUUCUCUCUAGUUUAACGGUAGUAUAGCGGCAUACCUUAAAAAAUGAAUGCUAUAUAUCUGUAUCUUUUAUACGAAAAUUUUUAUAUAUUGUAAGUAAUGCUAAUAAUUCCGUCCAAUUAUAUAAUCGUGACUUUUAUUAAAAUUUUAUAAUACGAUUUACGAAAGAAUUGUAU